AUGUCGAAACCUUCUUCCCAGGCGCUAACCAAGCGUGAAUCGGACCAGAUUCUCAUGCCCCCACCGCCACCUCCAAAACGUAUCAAGCGCCCAGCUACUGUUCUUGACGAAGACGUCUACACGAAUGCACUCUCCGAGAUCAUCGUCCGAGAUUUCUUUCCAGGGCUAUUGGAGACACAGAUAAAACAGGAGUACCUGGAUGCGUUAGAUUCAAGGAAUAAAGAAUGGAUUGCAGCAGCGCGGAAGAAACUGACCGAUGUCAUGACGACGCCUAGACGGACGAAAGGCAUAGGGGGCAGGGGUAACAGAAGGGCUACUCCUAGGCUGACCACCCCUGGGCAGCCAGACCAGACCCCUAUAGAUUGGGGGGGUGAUACGCCAUCGUCAACUAUCUCUGCGACGACACAAGGAACUUCUACUACUACGGCUACACAGAGGGAGAUCCCGGACACCUCCAAUCUCGGUCUUGUCGCAUUCCAGGCAAAGUACACCAGCGAGGAUAACGAGUCUUUCAACAAACUUCUCGAUAAGCAAAAUUCUAAACGCCGGGAGAAGUACGCAUGGCUUUGGAAUGGAAACAAGAUCCCGACGGCUCGACAGCUCGCCCACCGGCAGAGAGAGACCAAGCGCAUCACUGCUCAGGGAGGUAACCCAGACAAGGGCGAGGAGCAAAAGCAAAAGCGCCUCAUCAAGACCGAUCUUGACGCCCGCCCUGCAAAACCGGAGUUGUGGAAGACCCGACCCGAAAACUCGCUUAUGUUCAUCCCGUCCUCCAUUGAGGAUACCCACGAGACGAUACAGCAAAGGGCCGAAGCGUCAUCGCGGGCAGGUCCCAAGCGUGUCCUCUACCAAAACACAAGGUUGCGGGAUUCAAGUACUGUCGUAGCUGAAGAGGCGCAUGCUACCUCCUCCGUUCCACCAUCGCCCUCGAUUUCGGCCAUCAAAGAUGCCAUUGCUGGAAACCCACGCCAUACAGAUUCAGAAGCGGCUUUCACAGGUGAGACGCCGCGGAUAAAUGGAUAUGCGUUUGUCGAUGAAGACGAGCCUGAGACUGAACGAAAUCAUCGGGGGGAAGAGGACCAUGAGUCUUCGCUCUUCGACCUCCGCCUUCUCGGCACUGGCGACAGUACUCCCAAUCCAUUCCAGAUUAGAGAAGUCCGCAAACGAGAGGAUCUUCACCACCGCAUGGUCGAUCGUGUCGCGCGAACUAGGCGCGCAGAAAAGGCUUCAAGGGAAAUCAAGACGCCUGUCCCGCACUUCCCCAGCAGUCCCAAGCUUGAUUUCGGGCUUCGGACCCCUAACACCUCCAGACCUGGCAGUAAUAUAAAGGCAUUAACACCUGCCGCGCAGAAAUUGCUUCAGAAAGUUGGGAGCACGCCUCGUUCCUCGGGGAUGGUUCCAUCCUCUUCUGGUUUGAGGAAUAUGUGGACUCCUACUCCUAAGAAGACGAAGUGA